CUGCUCUUCUUUUCUUCUCUCCUGCACCCGAAAGUCCCCCAAGCUCGACAGCCCUCCCAUGAAGAAAAAAACCGGUAGAAAGCUUGGAUUUUCUCUUUAUUUUCUUGUCCAAAAACCAGAUUUGAGCUUAGAAAUUCUUCCCCCCUGCUGGAAAAUCCGGAUCUGCUUUGCUCUGUCCGCAGGCUGCUCUUGUUGUGGGGGCAAAAUUCUUCAAAUUCUGGUAAGAAACAGCCAUGAAUCUCGCUUCUCCAGCUUUAAUUGCCUUGGUUUUACUCUAAUUUUGUGUUGUUCCUUCAAUUUUUGGGUGGAUUGCCCGUGAGCUUCUUCUCCAAAUUCCCGCCGGCAACUUCCCCAACUGCAGCUCCGGUUUUAGCUGAAGAAUUCUGGUUCUUGAUCCUUGGGGUACUUUAGUACGUGAAUUGAGUGCUCGGUUUUAUGCGAUUUGAGUGGUGGCGGUACUAAACCCGUUUUACACAAGUAUGAUCGAUUGAAAUGAAAUUUUUAUACUUUUCAUUAAAUUGAGCAUGCGUACUUGAAAUUUAAUUGAUUGUCCUGAUGAUUUGAAAGUGAUUGGUGAAUUAUGAUUUUUCUGUUAACUUCUGCUUGUUUUGUCUUCGAUGUGGUUAUGUUAUUAAUGAUCUUGCUAGUGGGGGUUAAACGCUAGCACAUGUCGACAUGUUAUUGAUAGAACCGGUUUGUUCAACUCUGCUAGUGGAGGUUAUACACCAACAAAUAGUGUGCCUGCCAGUGGGAGGUUUAUAAUACUGGCUGUGACCUAUAAAGGAGACGUCUAUUUCGUUCCCAUACUGUAUCCGUUUUUCGUAAUUGUACUUGUUGGCAUGCUAUAAGUUUAAUUAAGGGCUAUCUAUAUUUACUUACUGAAUUUAUCUCAUAGUUUUUCCUUGUCCACCAUUUCAGGAAGCAAAACCGAGGACAGGGAAACCACGAGAAGUGACGAGUAAGAAGGCUAGCCAUUUCGAGAUUGAUAUAGAUUUUAGAAUAAAUUGUGAUCUUGUAAACUAGAGUGUAUUUGAAGAUUUUAUGAUAUCAAAGCAGAUUUUAAAAUUUGAUCUUCAGACUUUGAUGGUAUCAGAUUGUGAUUUGAUUAAGUCCCACAAAUGCACGGCGUUUACCACGUCCUCGGAUUUGGGUUCUGGGGCGUGACAUUAUUAUUAAUGAAAAAUAUAUGAAUAAUCAUCUUAAUUUUUU